UUAGUUUUGUUUUGUUGUGUGUGUGUGUGUGUGUGUCCCCCCCCCCCCGGUACUCGUUUGUUUGUUAGUCUGUCUGGUACUGCUGCUCCCAUCCCCUGAUGCCGCCCCACAUCCUCUCCAAUUAUCCAUCCCCACUCACGCCACCACUGUCUUGUUGCUGCUCUUGGGUCCCUCGUUUCGUCCACAUCCUCCCCGCGUUCUCCCACCUGCCGUGCCAUCUCUCUGCCCCACAGACUCGUCCCUCUUGCUUCCUUUAGAGUUCUGCUAGCCGAGUCUACUUGUCUACAUUCAACACUCUAACUGUUGCAGGUGCUGGCUAGUUUCUUCUCGUAAGUGGGACAUCACCACCAACUGAAUGCUUCUGGUUGUGUGCGAGGGGUCUGGUCUGGAAUGCGUAGACGUGCAUCGCUACGCACGCAGUGUCUUCAUGGUCGAAACGCAACAGGGCUCCCCACUCUCAUCGUUCUUAAAAUGGGACGGUACAGGUCGAAAGUACCAGUUGGUGAAGACGAGCUGAUCAAGGGGUUGGAUGGAGUCCAGCACGUGAAAUCGUCCGGCAGGGAUGUUGUGCUGGUUCACCCCGUGUCGUGUAGAUGUUAGGAGUGUUGAGUGAGGGUUCAGCUGGCCAGUAUCCAAGUGUGUCUGCUCCGUUCAGAAGGCGGUGGUUGUCGCGAUAUUACGGGACGGGCAUCGCGUCCGCCCGGACGUGAAGCAGAUUGUUGAUUCCGUGAUCCACGCGCAGUGCAUCUUCUCCUCGCGGAGCUUUACAGGAAACUGGAGAAUUUCAGAGCAUGUUUGAAGACGUCGGACAUGCGAGUUACAACUGCAUAGAAUUAUUUUUUGGUGUUCUACGCGAAAAUCUAAUAAUUCGAAAGUUCUCAAGCUCAAAAACUUUUCUGCCCGAUUUUCUCCCUUUCGUCUUCGAAAAUACCCAUAUCCCACAAUUAGACGUUUCUUGACCCAGUAGUUCUACAUAGUGCAUGAUCUGAUAGAGCUCUCCUCGCUGUGUUCGUCUUCUCUCUUCAGGCCUUAGCCAGCCACGGUCGCUAGUUCCAAUUUUCUCCCUACGCUUCCACGCGAAACUCCUACAAAUUUUACACGCUAGAAUUUUUCUUCGGCGUCGGGGCUAGAAUCUUUCUUAUCCAACAAAUCGGACCACAAAUUGCACCAGGUGUGCUCUCUUUUAUUCUCUGUAUGUGUGCCGCUUCUUCCGUCACGUCUCACUGGCGCUUGAGGUAAGGCUCUUCAGUUCCCAUCGAGCCCCGCCAUAGAUUUCCGGUUAGUCGAUCCCGUGUUUCUUGCUGAUCAGGAAUCUUUCUUUAUUUGUCGUAGAUCAUGCAUUUGAGAUUCCCCUCGUUUGAAGGUCCCACCACGUCGUCAGCCUCUAGUGAUUUCAAGAUUCCCAACCCUCUGGGUUCACAUGAGCACCACCUGUAAUCGCGGUUGGUCACGUAGCAGAUAAUUCACCCUUCGAUCCUCGGAGCGAUUAGCCUUAUCUAAAAAAAAUACGUGACCCGCAUCAAUAGUAAAGAAAUCUUGAUCUGUGGUUUGAAAAAUUAGUCUAGUAAUCGCCGAUACAAGCUCUUGCAUGACAAGCAUGUGCAACGGCACCAAGACCAUAGGGAAGCAGCAGGAGUGUACCAUGGAUCUCCCUCCUGGAUUCCGCUUCCACCCCACAGACGAGGAGCUUGUAGUCUAUUACCUGGCCAGAAAGAUCAGAGAGCCUGGCUUCGAAGUUAAGACCAUUUGCGAAGUGGACCUAAACAAAUGCGAGCCGUGGGACCUUCCAGAGAAAGCGAAGUUAGGGGAGAAGGAGUGGUACUUCUUCAGCCUGCGGGAUCGCAAGUAUCCGACGGGAAUGCGAACAAAUAGAGCCACCGAAAAGGGUUACUGGAAGGCCACGGGCAAGGACAGGGAUGUCAUGAACUCCGGCACGCAUGCGCUGGUGGGCAUGAAGAAGACUCUGGUGUUCUACAGGGGGCGUGCUCCUCGCGGCGUGAAGACCCACUGGAUCAUGCAUGAGUAUCGGCUGACGAGUGACUUCCCUGGCCAUUUCAACGGCCAGCAGCCGCAAGGAUCCAUGCAUGACGAAUGGGUGGUAUGCCGCGUUUUCCAGAAGAUUGCCGGGAACAAGAAGCCCGGAUUCAUGUGUGGCGACAUGCCGUACCAGCUCACCGACUCGUAUUCGGUUCUACACCGAGAGAGCUCCCCGAAUCCCACUGUGACCAACUCCGGAGAGUGCGAUGCAUGUACCGGAACUGAUUCGUGCUACAAUUGCCAGGACAAUUUUGCAGGGGGUGUCCCUUUGGCUCAAGGCGAUGUCACGUCGGUGCCGGCCCCGGAGUGGGUGCAUGUGUCUGAUUCCAAAGCACCCAAUUCAGCCGCUGCGGACAUCAGCAACUCGAUGAAGGAGUCUCAGUAUAACCAGAACGCUAUCAGUUUAAACAUGUUAAACUACCCGACCGUCCCGCAGACCAUGGUCAAGCAUUCGUUGACAUCCAUGAAGUCAUGGGACCACCGUCACAAUAACAAUGGCAUGCGAGCGAAACCGGAACCAUUCUACGCAACCAAUGAAGGUGAGGACGAAGCGCAAAGCAUUGGGCGGUUGAACGUGAACCACGCUACCUGGCCGAGCGACAAUGUACCGUUCGGCCAGGAGUUCCCCUACGACUCUCCUUUGACACCAUUGUCAACUGUGACCGGGGACAGCGGUCAAUCCUUCUGUCUCGCUAACGGGAGGCUCGGCAACGAUCACCAAUUCAGGGCGUUCAAUCGCCUCCUUGCAUAUUCCGGCUUCCCGGCGAUGUCUGGAUCCAUUGAUGGGCUCCAAUCUGAGUGGGCUUACUGAGGCGACGAUCGUCGAUAUUUCAGACCCCAAUUUGAGGUGGGGGUUUAAACAUAAUGUAUAGAUGAUCACACAAACACACACAGGAUCGAAAUCCAGGCUUUGAUUGGAGAAAGGGUCCCCAUUGAUCAGGUCAUAAUCCAUGUCCGCUUGGGAUGUGUAUAUUGCGGAUUGGGCAGCAAGUUUGGGGCAACCACAGAAUCCACCACAGGGUUUAUAGGCACAUGUGCAAAAGAAUUUGGAUUGAUGAAUGACGAUGGAAAGCAAUUAUAUGUCCUGGAGGUUUUUUGUUGAAGAUAUCUCCAAAGAGCGGGGCCCGGAACCUAUUUCCUUCUUGGACAGGAAGUGCUCCUGACGACAAUUCGGGAGGGAUACUGAAGCCUGCUUGCCAUCAUGCAGUAGUUCAGUUUCUGAACCUCUUGCUGGAUACCCCACUCCGGUUCCCGAACAAUUACGUGUAACAUUCGAGCUAUCUUAGCUUGGUAUGUUUGGUUGAUCGUUGCUUGCCGAUCAAGCGGCCAAGAUUUAGGAGUUGAAUGCGCAGAAAUGCAUCAUGUUAGAGUUGUGAAAAUAUUUUUAUCAUGCUCCUGUAAAGUUAUUGUUGGAACUUGAAGUGUCUACAAACUUGUAGCCUAGGCACAUUAAUAAGUAGCUCUUUGAAGCUCUUGACCUGAAGUAACAUAAGAAUCGGUUUCUAUUUCGCUUC